AAUGUUUGUGGUCUCCUUGCCAAGAUGUCUACAGAUCUGUGUGUCUUUGGUAAUGGUGUCCAGACUACAAGGCAGGGUUUCAGCUCCGAUACGCGUGGAGGCCCCUGUUGAGCAGCCCUUCACUCUGAGCUGUACGCUUGUCAAGGCCAGAGGAGAAUCGGUUCAUCAGAUCCGCUGGCUGGAUGUGCAGAACCAGACGUUAAUCACUUACCAGCCUGGUGAAAAAGACAGUGUGAGCGGACAGCAGCAUGUGGACCUAGCUCCUUCACCAAGAGAUGCCAGUGCCAUCACCAUCAAACGGGUCAGCUACAGGGAUGAGGGCUGCUACACUUGCAUCUUUGAUCUUCAUCCCAAAGGCUCAAGGGAAGGACAAACCUGCCUUACUGUCACAGCAUCGGUGAUCUCCGAGGGCAAUAAGACUGCAGUGGGUGGUAAACAAGCCUCUCUGGCCUGUCGGUACGGUCUGCCGGAGAAAGUCAAGCAGGUGCUAUGGAAGAAGAUUGUGAAUAAAGCAGAAUCCCGUGAAGUUGCAUCUUUUGCAAAGCAGAGUGACCCAGUAAUUGAAGAAGAGUUUGUGGACCGUGCGAGCCUGAGCCCUUCCCUGUCUGACACGCAGCUCACGUUAUGGCCGGUCCGAGCUGAAGAUGAGGCCUGCUACACCUGUGAGUUCCACACGUAUCCAGACGGCACUAAGAGCGCCAUAAGCUGCCUCACUAUAUUUGUCCUGCCCAAACCUCAAGUAAGCUACAAGACCACGUCUCCGGGAGUGAUCGAGGCUAACUGUACUGCCGUGGCCCGGCCACAGGCUGAAAUAGUGUGGAACGUGGAGGGGAAUAACCGGACCAUUGGUCCACCUGUGACCACCUCUAUCCAGCAGAGUGACGGGACGACUCUGGUCAUCAGCACCUUGACCAUCCAGGCUGGACUCCUGAAGGAUGUCUCUGUCAAAUGUCUCGUUCAUCAUAAAGGACUGGAGACUGCCAUUGCUGUUUCCAUGAACACUAAAAUUGGCACUGCACUCGCUAUCCUGAUCUCUGUGACUACUGUAGCAUUUCUUCUAGUCCUCUGCCUCUGUUUCUGUUUGUGGAAGUGUGUCCUCCGUAAAGAUGAGCCUGAAGAGCAUCAGGUACCGAGAAGUGGCCGAGCAGAGAGAGAGACAGACAGUUAAUCGUAGGCGUAUAAGCCUCUUCCUGUGAACUAUUUCUGCUUAACAGUGAUGACCUGUACUUCCUUCCGCACAUAUUCUUCAGAUCUGAUCUACUGAUAUGAGAAAUCAUUCAAGUUGUGUGUUUAAAUACUUGAUGUUACAGUUACAUCUGUGCUCGGUCUUGUAUUCACAGAGUAAAUCAUUUUGAUUGAGGCAGAUGACAAGCUUCAGUUCUCUUUACAAUACGGAUAUGCUGAAGAUGAACAUCUCCUGUCAUCGUGUUCCCUGCUUUUCCAGCCAAAGAAACCAGUGACACGUCUUUACAUGAAGAAAGAUGCUAUAUUUGGAAGAAUGUGUAAAUCCAUCACUAAUAUGAAGGUUGCAGAAGGCAUUUUAUCUUGGUACAGAGGGGAGAUUCAACUUAGUAUUUGUAUGAUUCAAUACCCAUUUGAAGCCCUAAAUGUAAAAGGACAAUAAAACAUCGCAAAACUUCUUACCUUCUUGAAUUCUAUGAAAAACAAACAAACUAGCUGUUCACUCAAAGUGUAAGAAAACUUCCAUUAUUUAAAAAUCAUUGUCGAUAAUUAAAAUCUUUUGAAGAAAAA